UGAAUAUCUAAUUUAAAAUAUUCUAAGUAGCAAAGUAAUUUAUAAAUAUACUAAAUUUAGAUAGCUUGUUUCCAUUAAAUUAACACUUAUUAAUGUUGGAAUAUAACUUAAAGAAAUAUGGCCUAUUUGAAUUAUCUUAAAAUUUCAAAUAAGAAUAAAUAUAAGAGCAAUCUAGUACUCGACAAGUUUUAAGGAGUUUUAAGAAAUUAGAAUAAAUACCGUCUUACUUACUUUCUGAUUUUGCAUUAAAUUUAGAUAAAUAAUGUAUAUCAUAAGAACUGGUAGGGUUAAUCAGAAAGAAGAUGUCAACAUACAGAUUUUCCACUAAAAAAUUGUCUUUGUCACUAAAUAUGAUAGCGUACUCGACAACAACACUUCAAAACCUGUUUAAUGCUUUAGCUUAAGCAGAAAUGUGUAAAUGCUUGCAAUUAUACUAUUGUCACAAUUAAGUCACAAGUGAAGUUUCGGAAAUCAUAGGAAGAUUUAUGCGUUAUUAUUUCUUUCUGGAAAGAGUGGAUCUAGAUAUAAGUUACUGUACUGAUUUCUCCAUUAAAGAUGUUAAUAAUAUAAUAUCCUCUAUCAGGAAGACCUUAACUCACUUCUCAAUUAAUUUCAAAAGUGCAAACAUUACUGACAUUUGUUUGAAACACAUCUCAAAAACUAUGGAGAGCUUCACUAAAAUUUAAUCUCUAUUUAUAGAUUUAUCUUAAAACUAGAUAACUAAAGCUGGUGUAAGAGAGUUCUUUUAUAGCCUAAAACAAAUGAAUUAUCUCAGAGAGCUGGGGCUAACGUAUGGAGGUAAUAACUUAGAAUUAAAGGAUGUGAUGUUUGAAGUUAGAAACAUGAAAAAACUGAAAAGCCUUUAUCUGGGGUUACAGAUUCCCUCUUCUUCUAACAACUUGUUUUUUGAUGAUGAAGCCUUCGAAGAGAGUUUUGACUAUCAUAGUCAGUUUAUAGAAUAAGAGAAAAUCAGCUAAUACUGUUUGAUUAAAAGCAGUGAUUUAAUUGAUCUAAAAUAAUAUGUGAAAGAAUUAAAUGAAUUAACUAGCCUUUCUUUAAACAUACAAAACCAAAAAUAUGUGUCCCCUUAUCUUAAUUUAUUGAUAUGUCCUUAUUUGUUUCAUCUUAAAGAAGUUAGAAUUUAUACUCGGGGCUUUUCUAUGUAGAACUAAGAUGCUCAGUAGCUAUUUUACAAUAUGGCUCAUAUGGAAAAUUUGAUAUCAAUAACUUUAAAAUUAGAGGAGAAUUCGUUGACGUCAGCUAUUGGUGAAUAUUUGAAUUAUAUGAUUAAGCGAAAGUAUGAAUAACUGAUCAAGCUGGACGUAUCGUUCAAAUCAAAUAUUUUAGACGAAUGUUGCAUCAGUGAUAUAUUUAUGCCUUUAUUUAAAUGUGAGUACCUGACUGAAUUCUCAUUCACUAUCUUUGAUGGAGAUAAUUUCUUCUAUGAAGAAUAAAAUUAAGAUAUCAGUAUGACAUUUUAGAGGCUAUUAUAUUUCAUUCAGUCAUAGUGUAUCAUCAGAUAAUCUAUUUUGCUUUAAACACUAAUAUAAAAUAAAGUUAUGUAAAUGAAAUGAUUGAAUAAUCUCACAGAUUUUUAUUCAUUUAGCUUAUAAUUUUCAAGUAAAAGUAUAAUAAUAUGCUUGUGUGAAUAUAAAUGAAAUUUAUUGAUCUAUCUAUUCAAGAAUUUUUUAAGAUAAUUGCUAAAUUAAUUUACAAGUUUUUAGAUUAAUUUACUUAUUUUUUAUUGCAAAACUUGUAAUUUUACAAAAGAAUAAUUGAUUUUUUUAGGAGAUACAUAUUUAUAUAUUAUUUUGCUUGCUUGUGUACAUUUCAAUGAAUGAAUCAAUGCAUAUUAAUUUAUUUACUUGUAAAAAUAUAAUUAAAAAUAUAUGAAGACAAUA